UUCCUCCUCCACCACUAUCACCACCACAUCUGUCAAUGGCUUCUACGAUUUCCUCACUCACAGUCUCGAUGAUCUUUAUCACUCUUUCAAUUUUCAGAACUUCAUGUGAAAAGUGGCUUGAUGAGUACAUGGACGAGAGUGCACGCCUUUGGGAAGUAUGUCAUGUCCUUAAGUUAGGAAUUUCAAACAUGGAAAACUAUUGUUCCAUGGGUUCCAACAUCCCGUCUUUCCUUGAAAACCAUAACUUAAAUCCACAAAUCUUAAGCCAGGUGCUUAGAUCAACCAACCGUUGCCAAAGGGAGAAAGUUAGAUUGGAGGAAGAAAACAAGAGCUUAGUAGAAUCAAGGAUUAAGCCAUUGAUGAUGAAAUUCGAUGAAGAUAUGAUAAUUGAAUCGAAGUUUAAUGGGUUCAAUGGCUUUAGAGGAGUACUAUAUGCGUUAAAGAACAUAAGCUCAUUACUUUUGAAGAUCAUGCUUAAUGCCCUAGUUUAUUGCUCUCAUGAAACAAGUUUUUCCUCUUCGUCCUAUGGGAAUACUAUUUGUUAUAAUGAAAGUCAGAUGGUUUUUGGUUCGGGUUUUAUGGUCUCAGCUACAAGAUUGAACGACAGAGUGAAAAUGAGUGAAGAGGGGCAAAAUGGUAUUUUACUUCACGAGUUUCGAAACACAGGACAAGCCAUGGAUGAGUUGAAAACAGAGUUGGAAAGUAUUAGAGGGUUUGAAACAGAAUUUGAUGUAAGUGAAAGGGUGGAAAAGUUAAAGAAUUGUUUCCAAGGGUUGCAUAGCGGAGUUGAAAACAUGAUUGUACAACUUGAUGAUUUUUUUGACGAGAUUGUAGAAAGUAGGAAGGAACUCUUGGACCUAUGCAUUCAUACCAUAAGCAUUUAG